AUGGCACGACCAAAGAUAUCUACGGAAGAUAUUUCUCGAUAUAAUCAUUUAUUUAAUCGAGAACGAGUUAAUCUUGAAUCACAUCAGUUAAUUUGGCUAGAUGCAAAUUGGAAAAAAGAUAAAACUACAUUAGAAAAUUUACGAAAAAUUGUCGAUUAUACAAAAAUCUUUGAUAAUAUGGAUGAAUGUUUGGUUUAUAUAAACCAAACUGAUACUACAGUUACAUUUUUAAUUUGUUCUGGACAAAUGGGCGAGACCUUUACGUCAAAAGUUCAUCAUUUUGAUAGUAUCUAUGCAAUUUAUAUUUAUUGUCAGAAUAAAGAGUACCAUCAAAAGUGGGCUUCAAAGUAUUCAAAAGUAAGACAAGUUCACAAUUCACUUGAACAUUUAAUAAACGAUCUUACAGCUACUGUUCAAGAGUAUAAACAACAUGAAAACACAAAUCUAUUAGGUAAAGGACAAAAAGAGGCAACAACAUCUGCAGCAGCGUUUUCUUGGUGGGAAGAUUUUAUUGAUAUGCUUAUCCUUUUACCAUAUCCAGAAGAUUAUCAAUCUAAAUUAAUUAAUUUAUUAAAAAAUUAUUAUAAUGAUAAAGAAGAAGAAAUGAAAAUUCUCGAUGAAUUUUCAUCUACUUAUAAAUCUUCAAAUGCCGUUCAUUGGUAUACACGAGAAACGUUUCUUUAUCGUAUAAUGAACAAAGCUCUUCGACAACAAAAUACCGAACUUAUAUUUUUAUUCGGUUUUUUUAUACAAGAUUUAUCUCGACAAGUCAAAUUUGAAUAUGAAAAUUUUAAAUUAUUAAAUUUAAAAAAACCUAUUAUAAGUUUGUACCGUGGGCAAUUAAUGUCAAAAGAUGAAAUUGAAGAACUUGCUUCUGGUAGUGGUGGUUGUCUUGGAAACAAUUGUUUUUUUUCAACAUCUCUUCAGCGUUCUUUAGCAUUAUCAUUUCUUCCUCAACCAUCUAAAAUUAAAGGAAAUUUACAACGUGUUCUGUUUGAAAUUCAAGUUGAUAUUCGUCAACCAUGUCGUUAUUUUGCCGAUAUAACUCAUGUAAGUUAUUUUCCACAUGAAUCAGAAAUUUUAUUUACAAUUGGAACAGAAUUUAGAAAAGAAGAAGUCAAGUACAAUCAAAAUGAAGAUCUUUGGAUUAUUCCAUUAGAAUUAAACAAUGAUUAUGAUCAACAUGAUUCGAGAGAAUUUGAAAUAAGUUCUGAAAAAUUUACUAUAAGUAAUUGUUUGAAUAUAUGCACCGAUUGGAACUUUUGUGUUAUGUCAUCAACUGAUAGUAUAAAUUUAAUAUUUGAUGGAUUGAUAGCAUUAUAUCCAAUGUAUAAAGAAUGGAUCUUAGCUGCUCAAUAUCAUUCAUUAGCAAAUCGCAAUGUAGAUUGGGAAGAACGUAAUGUUUCUUUGUUAUUAUCAUACUAUGACAAAGCAUUAAAAUGUUGGAAGAAACAUAAGAAUGAUUCAGAUUUAAAUAUCGAUACUAGUAUUGGAAAAGUAUACAAAGAUAUGGCUUAUUAUUAUGCAUGUUAUAUCAGAGAUUCUGAAAUGUGUUUAAAACAUUAUGAUAUGGCAAUUAAUCAUUUAAAAUUAGCUUUAGAGAAGGAAGUUUCCAAAAAAAGUAUUUAUGCACAAACGAAUAUUUAUCAAAUAUUAAGUGAUACUUAUUAUGCAAAAAUGGAGCGUAUAAUUGACUCUGAAUCUAAAAAUCAUAAUAAUAAUCAGUCACAUAUUACAAUGACAAUUAAAUAUGCAGAAUUAUGUAUACAACAUAUGCUAAAAUGUUAUGAAUUUCCAGAUUUUAAGACUGCUAAACGAUUCAAAGAACUAGCAAAAGUUUACGAAUCAAUUAAGGACUAUGAUAAUGCAUUAAUUAAUUAUGAUAAAGCUCUACGCAUUUAUUUUGAAUUAGUUAAAGAAAUUUCGAGUUAUUUUUAUAAUACAGUUGAUAAAAUACUUGAACUUUGUGCUGUACAUAAAAAUGAUCACCAUACUAAACUGGAAUAUCAAUUAUUAAAGCAUGAAUAUACAUUGAAAAUUGCAGCACCAUCAUCAACUGAUAAUGAUUAUGCUGCUGCAGAAAAAAAACGAGAAAUAGCAUCUAGUUACUAUCGUCUUGGUGAUUUUUAUCAAUCGAUUUAUAAAUAUGACGAAGCAUUAGAUAGUUACCAAAGGGCAUUGAUGAUUCAUGAACAAGAAUUAGAAUCCCAUCAUUAUCAAUUUUCUGGUUUAAUUGAGAAUAUAACAAAUAUCUAUUUUGAACAUAAACACGAUCAUCAAUUAGCACUUAAAUAUCAAUUAAUGUAUCAUGAAUACAUAGUGAAACAGUCAACACCCGAUACUAGAAACGAUGAUCAACGACAAAUUGAUCGUAAGAAAUAUCAAUGUGGUGUUAGUCAUAUCAGUUUAUCUGAUUUUUACGUUAAAAUACAUCAAUAUGAUUUGGCCAAGGAACAUUUAUUAAAAGCAUUGGAUUUGUAUGAAGAAGUUCAAACUAUGACUCUUGAACAUAAAAUUGAAAUCAUUAAUGAAAAGUUAAAAACCGUACAAAAGUUUUUAACAUAA